AUGAAAAUUCUCACCAACUCCAGUAUCUUCGAUUCCGUCCGGAGAAGCAACAACGGGGAGGUGAGGAGAUGCCAACCUACAGAUGUGUUGUUCCGGUACAUCUGCCAACAGUCAACGUCCGAGAAUUUCAUACUGUUCUGCGACGGCGCGGCGCAACCAUCCCAGCAGCGCACAUCGUUGCAGGGGCAAGUCGCCCGCAGGCUAUCUGUUCAUCCUCCGGCAAGUGGCCAACUGAAUCUGCCUCAGGAUUUAUCUCGUCUCCGGACCUUGGCGGUAUUCCCUGUUGGAGCGGCGAAUAUCGCCAGUUAUGAAGCUGUUUUAGAUUUCACCAAGUAUGAAUUACUGCGAGUGUUGGAUCUGGAAGAGUGUGCUCACAUGAGUAAAGAUCAUAUCCAGGCUAUCUACAAGCAGAAGCUGAUGAAAUAUCUGAGCAUCAAUUUGGACAGCAUUCCUUCCAUUACAAGCAAAAUCAAGCACCUGGAUCAGCUAGAGACCCUCCAUCUGAGUGGAACCGAAACAGUGACGGUGUUCAAAGAGGUCCUCCUGCUGCCCAGAUUGAAGCACCUGUUUGGGAGGGUUGAGCUAUCCAAAACAGAUAACACCAUAUUGGGAUGGAGAUUAAAGAGGUUCCUGAGAGACAAGAGUGUGCUGGAGACGCUAGCAGGAUUUGUCACCAGUGGGAGUCCAGGAUUUCCACAACUGAUGAUGCGUAUGAGGCGGCUGCGGAAGGUGAAGAUAUGGUUCAAAUUCGACUCAAGUCAGAAAAAUCUGGAUGCUAUUUCACUGGCCGUUACAAAGUUCAUCCGUGAUGGCACCAAUGAGCCCGAUCUUAACCGGUCCCUAUCCAUGGACUUCCGGCAAUGCUCGGGUGAGUUCAUAAAUACUAUACGCUCUGAUGCUAACAAGAAGGGCAGGCUUGACUCGCUCAAGCUGCGCGGCGAACUGAGCAAAUUCCCUCAGUUUGUUGCACAGCUACGUGCUGUGGAGGAGCUAUGUCUUUGCUCCACUGGUCUGAGCUGGACGGAUAUCCGAGACGGUCUGAGCACGGUGAGGGGACUGAAAUACCUCAAGCUUGUUGAAGAUAACCUCAGGCGCGUCGAGAUACUGUCUGAUCACCUCAUAAGCGUUGAGCGGAUAUGCGUCGAGUGCAAGCAAAGCAUGGAAUUGGCAAUCAUAGCUCGCCCGCUGCCUAAACUUGUGUCACUUCAUAUUCUCUGUCAAGAUCUGCAUGUUAUUCCUGGACCUCCCGGCAUCGACAUCACACGGAUGGACCAACUCAAGGAAGUCGCGCUCCAUCCACAAGUCGACCAAACAAUAAUAGCUAAACUGCAACAAGCUGCAAGAGGCCAUCGCAAUACGCCAGUCGUUUCGCUUGUUGAAAGCGCUCAUUAG